UAACAUGAGCCUCUCUAACGAUAACUUUACCUCAUUUGAAGCCAUCGAACCACAUUUCUCAUUGGUGACAGCCAUUCGUGUAUAGUAAAUACCCAAUGCACCUAUCUCGACUUAGAACGGACAGUUAUCGAUUAGAUUGCCGAGCGAAAAUCGACUGUAAAUUAAUGCUUCGGCAUGGAUUCGGCAUGUUAAAGGUGGACACGAAAACUAUUCAAAAGAUGUCCACAGAGUAUGACGUGGCUAUUAUUGGUGCAGGGAUAAGUGGUCUGUGCUCUGCCAAAAUUUUACAAGAAAAAUAUGGUCUCAAUGUUGUUGUUUUGGAGGCAAGGGAUAGGGUUGGUGGCCGAACUUUGACAGUAAAGGAUUCGUCCUUUGGGUACUGUGAUCUUGGUGGUUCGUACAUAGGCUCUACUCAAAUCAAAGUCAAACAGUUGGUUGAAGAUCUUUCAUUGGAGUUAUAUAAGAUCAAUGAUAAAGGCUAUGAUGUCCAUUAUUUCUUGGGUAAAAGACAGCUAAAUAAAGGAACAGUACCAUUGGGAUCUUCUUUAUUGGGCAUCCUAGACGUCAAUAACUUUUGGAUCCAUAUUGACAAGAUGUCUAAACAGGUUCCCUUAGAUAAACCAUGGUUAGCAGCCAAGGCUGAUGAAUGGGAUAAACUUACUGUCAAAGAAUAUAUCCACAAAAAGUGUUGGACAAGGUAUGGUAGAUCUGCAGCUUCAGGUUUUGUUCAGGGCAUCCUCACAUCAGAGCCUCAUGAAGUGUCGCUACUCUUUUUCCUUUGGUAUUUGCAUUCAGGGGGAGGCAUAAUACGAAACUGGGAAAUAUCUGAUGGAGGUGCUCAAGAAUUUAAAAUAGUGGGUGGCUCUCAGCAAAUUAGUAAUAGAUUGGCAAAUAGGAUUGGAUCUGAUAAGGUUCACCUUGGCAGUGAUGUUACCCAUAUUUAUCAGCAAGACUCUGGGAGUGUUCUCAUUACUUGUGGUUAUGGAGUACAAUACAAGGCAAAGAAAGUCAUCAGUACAGUUCCCCCUGCUUUACUCAAUAGGAUACGAUUCAACCCACCUUUGCCUGGUUUAAAGUUACAGGCAUAUCAAAGAAUGCCUGUUGGAUCUAUUAUCAAAACUGUUACUUUCUAUGACAAGACAUUCUGGAGACAAAAGGAUCUGUCAGGAAUGUUUACAUGUGAUUGUGUUCCUGUUGAAGAAGCCUAUGAUGACACUAAACCAGAUGGGACACACCCUGCAAUCAUGGGAUUUGUACUGGCUGAUUCAGCAAGAGAUGUCUGCAAACUAACCAAGGAUGAAAGAAAAAAGUUGGUUUGUGAACAGUAUGCAGAGAUGUAUGGAUGUCAAGAAGCCUUACAGCCUGUUAAUUAUAUUGAGAAAAACUGGAUGGAAGAUGAGUAUGCUGGUGGUUGCUAUGUUGGAGUGUUUCCUCCUGGAAUUCUGACUAAAUAUGGAAAAGUCUUAAGGGAGAGGUUUGAGAAUGUACACUUUGCUGGGACCAUAACAGCCUCUCACUGGGCUGGUUACAUGGAAGGAGCUGUUGAGUCAGCAGAAAGGGUUUCCCUGGAGGUUGCUCACUCUCUUGGCAAAAUCAAUGAGGAAGAAUUCAAAUCUUUAAUUUCCCAAACAACAACACCUGGCUUUCCAUUCCUUCAGUUCAGUUUCACACAAAAAUACUUGAUGCCAUCAGUUCCAGGUUUAUUAGGACUGUCAGUGCUUGGCGUUGGUACUAUUGCAUUAAUAGUGGUCUCAAUUUAUCACAAAAAAUCAUAAAUAUAUGAAUUAAAUUAAUUUAAUUAUGAUUAAAUACUGUCUGAUGAGUGCAUAGCACGAAACUCGGAGUUACAGCAAAAUCUUGCCUCUUUGAUAUCAUUUGAAUUAUGAAUUAUCUUAAUUUUUAAACUUUUUAUCAAAUAAAAGGAUCAGUAUAGAAACAAAAGUGA